ACUCAACUCCACAUUUCCAAAUUUAAACCAUCACGAUGAAUUACAUCUGCUCAUUUUCUCGAUCUUCGUAGAAAUGAACCCUUCACUCUCGAAUAUCACCUCCACAUCGGCCAUUCCUGUGCCCAAUGCUCACAAUGACCAUAACAGCACCAUAUCCACUGCCUGCACAGAGUACUUUGACCCGCUCACAAGUUCUCCUACCCCCAGAUAUAUCGUCCCUCACGGAGUAACCCCCCAGAACCGGAACUGUACCUAUAUGAAGGAGAACAUUCUUCCCUCCGCACAAGGCACCGCCAUCGUCAUCGGGAAGGGCUCUCCCGAAAGUCCUUUCUCUUGCGGUGAGCUCAUCUGGAGAGAGCGUGCGACCUAUGGUAUCUACUCUGUCGACAUGAUCUCAAGCAAUAUCCGCGGCCAUGUCACGGGCUUCUUCUUGAUCGCGAACGGAAUAUCGGAGAUUGAUGUGGAGCUCACGGGACUGGAUGCCAAAGUCGGGUACCUGAAUAUCUGGAAGGGGUCGAAGCAGAACCCUGUCAAGGUCCCGCUUGGGUUUGAUGCGUCCGAGGGCUGGCACAGGUAUGCGAUCGAGUGGCGGGAGGAUUUAGUUGCGUGGUACAUUGAUGGCCAGAUGGUCCUGAAGCGAUCAGAUAUCGAGACGGCGGACCCGGAGAAGACGACGUAUAAGCUGGUAUUGAAUUCGUGGACGCAUAAUGUCGAAGAUAGGUGGGCGGGGAAAUUUGUGUGGCCAAGCAACGUGGACAUUGUCCAGAGUCAAUUUCGGAACUUGAUGUACACGCCAUAAGGCGAGGGCGACGU